AUGAAAAGUCAAAAGGGGGUGGCGCUUCUUCCUAGGCGUAGCUUUGAUUGGUAACCAUCAUGGUGACCAAAGCUGAGUCACAAGGAAAGGGGCUUUGGAGUAGAAAUGUCCCAUCUUCCACCCUUCCUCUCUGGCCACUUUGAGAAAGACAAUACUGGGAAGAGUGUUAGGACAGAUGGUAGAUGUUCCAUCACCAGCGGUCCAUCACCGCCACCCUGAGCAGUCAACGUGAAGCGAGUUAUUAUCCUAUCUUCUUUACAGAAAGGGAAGCUGAAAGGUUCAGAACGGCCCCGUGGCCGGCUCGAAAGCGAAUACCAGAGCCUGGAAACCAGGCACCCUGCCAUUGUCUUCUCACUGUGAUCUAUCUUCUUUGGAAAACCACUGUGCAGUUGCAAUGCAAGGUGUGGUCCCCGGGAGUCGCCUCUUGGGGCCCCACGGCUCCGCGAUCUCUCACUUAAUUUCCUUCCGGAUGCUCAUUUAAAGAAUCCCCCUGAUGAAGAUUAAGUCCAUGCGAGAAAACCUGCGGGAAAGCCACAUGCUGAAGGAUUACCUGGAGAAGUUCCCUCGCAGCCGUGCCCACGUGCUUCUUGAGCAGCGCAGGAACCCAUCAGUAACUUAUGAGCCUAUGAGGAACUACCUAGACCUGGUCUACAUCGGCACCAUCAGCAUUGGCACGCCCCCUCAGGAGUUCAAGGUUGUCUUGGAUACUGGUUCUUCAGACCUGUGGGUACCAUCCAUCUACUGCUCCAGCCCAGCCUGCGCUCACCACAAAGUCUUCAACCCUCUUCGGUCGUCCACUUUCCUGGUCUCAGGCCGACCUGUGAAUGUUGCCUAUGGCUCAGGAGAGAUGUCUGGAUUUCUUGCCUAUGACACUGUCAAGAUUGGGGACCUCACAGUUGUGGCCCAGGCAUUUGGCCUGAGCCUGGAAGAACCUGGCCAUUUCAUGGAACAUGCUGUCUUUGAUGGUAUCCUGGGGCUGGGAUACCCCAACCUUGGUCUUCAGGGAGUCACGCCUGUCUUUGACAACCUGUGGAUACAGGGCCUCAUCCCCCAGAAUCUCUUUGCCUUCUACUUGAGCAGCAAGGAUGAAAAGGGCAGCGUGCUGAUGCUAGGUGGGGUGGACCCCUCCUAUUACCAUGGAGAGCUCCACUGGGUACCAGUGUCCAAGCCCAGCUACUGGCAGUUAGCUGUGGACAGCAUCUCCAUGAACGGGGAGAUCAUUGCCUGUGAUGGUGGCUGCCAAGGUAUCAUGGAUACAGGGACCUCCUUGGUGACCGGCCCCCGAAGCUCAAUCCUUACCAUCCAGAACCUCAUUGGUGCCAAGGCUUCUGGUGAUGGCGAGUACUUCCUCAAGUGUGACACCAUCAACACCCUACCUGACAUUGUCUUCACCAUCAACAGUGUGACCUACCCAGUGCCAGCCAGUGCCUACAUCCGAAAGGAUCAUUCACACAAUUGCCGAAGCAACUUUGAGGAAAGCACAGAUGACCCGCCAGACCCUGAGUUGUGGGUGCUGGGGGAUGUUUUCCUGAGGCUGUACUUCACCGUGUUCGAUCGGGCAAAUAACAGGAUUGGUCUGGCUCCUGCUGCAUGAGUGCUGGGCCUCCUUCAGGAAAUGGCCAGGCACACCCCUCAACACAAAUUGAGUACGGGUCAUUUCAUCCAGGAAGCUGACCCCAGGCUAGGAGGAGCUCUG